UUGUAUUAUUUGUGUUCUUUUCAAUUACAAAACAAUAUAAAAUUACUAUCAUUUAUUUAUUUAAAAAACGGAGCUGGUACGUUAUAACGAUGCGACAAUCAUGCCGUCAUAAAGGCGCACCCGAGUAGUGUUCAAAAACCAUAGACUCGACAGACCCUUUUAUACUGUGUGCCUACGGUAACGCUAAGCUAGAAGGGUAAAAGUUUAAGUGCAUUCUAUGUGUGUGAACGGCAAGAAAGCCUGAAGACCAAGGAUGCCGGUACAUUGUGCUUCAUACGGUUACACACAACGCUGUACAAUCACAACAAGGGAACUGGAAAUAACCUUUCACAGGUGGCACGGUGGACAUCUGGUUAGAGUGUCUGCCUCACAGUUCUGAGGACCGGGAUUCAAGCCUCGGCCCCGCCUGUGUGGAGUUUGCAUGUUCUCCCCAUGCAUGCGUGGGUGCAGACGGGAACAGAUCGAGAGCAGCAGCCACGAUCCUCGCCAUGGUCGAACCAGCUGACAGACCAUCCACGGCCGGCCAGAGGCUCGGCGCUCCCGACAGCUUCGGGGUGUCCACCCUGGAGCCUGGCCUGCAUCUGCCUGCACAGGCACCAGGAAGAAAAGUUUCUAUCAGGGUGCAGAUGUUGGAUGACACACAGGAAGUCUUCCAGAUAUCACAACGCUCCCUCGGCAAAGUGUUGUUCGACCUUAUUUGUGUCCAUCUGAAUCUGGUGGAGGGAGACUAUUUUGGGCUGGAGUACCAGGACCAACGCAAGAUGACUGUGUGGCUGGACCUGCUGAAACCAACGCUGAAGCAGAUCCGACGGCCAAAGAACACCAUUCUUCGUUUCGUGGUCAAGUUCUUUCCUCCUGACCACACGCAGAUCAUGGAGGAGCUGACUCAGUAUCUGUUUGCUCUGCAGAUCAAGCGCGAUCUGGCCUGCGGUCAUCUCAUCUGUAACGACUCGAGCGCCGCCCUGAUGGUCUCCCAUAUCAUUCAGUCGGAGAUAGGAGACUUUGAUGAGACCCAGAGCUGGCAGCAUCUCCUCCACAAUAAAUACCUGCCAGACCAAGACGCCAUCCGGGACAAGAUCACUGACUGCCACCGCAAGCAUGUCGGACAGACUCCUGCAGAGUCAGACUACCAGCUGCUGGAAAUCGCCCGCCGUCUUGAAAUGUAUGGCGUUCGUCUGCACCCGGCAAAGGACCGCGAGGGCACCAAACUCAGCUUGGCUGUGGCACACACUGGUGUACUAGUGUUCCAGGGGUACACAAAAAUAAAUGCCUUCAACUGGUCCAAGAUUCGCAAACUCAGCUUCAAACGCAAACGGUUUCUUAUCAAGCUGAGAGCUGACCCCGCUCAAAGCGGUCACCACGACACGCUGGAGUUUGCCAUGGCCAGCAGGGACUGCUGCAAGAUCUUCUGGAAGAUUUGUGUCGAGUAUCACGCCUUCUUCAGACUCUUCGAAGAGCCCAAGCCCAAACCCAAGCCCAUCCUCUUCACCAGAGGAUCCUCAUUCCGUUUCAGCGGUCGGACGCAGAAGCAGAUAAUUGAUUAUGUGAAAGAUUCUGAGCUAAAAACGGUUCCGUUUGAAAGGAAGCACAGUAAGAUUCUGUCCAGUAGCAGCAUGCACCAUCAGUCCUCUUUCUUCAGAUCGCAAGUGCCAAUUGAGAAUGUCAGAUCUAUACCAUUAGAAGAUCUACCGGACUCGGCUGGACAAAUGGACUCUAACAGUGCACAGGAACCACCAGGGGCCACGUCUGCCACCAACGGUUUCCGUGAUAACCCCGUCGCUCCCGGGUCAGAUCUCAGACAGAACCACAAAGGCGUGGGCUCUCCGCCGGACCAGCGUCUCCUCAAUCCAGGUCCAUCCUGCAGGGCAAACAAAGGCAGCAGUUCUUCCAUCCCUUAUAUAGACUGCAGCGACGUAGACAGUGAAUGCGAUGUCACAAAGAGCAGCACAGGGAAUGGCAGCAAUGACGAGCAGCCCAAUAAGCACACAGGUUGUAACACUUCUAAUGGAGGCCCAAAUGGUAGUUUGUUCAGGCAUGUUAAUGGCUUCUACCACACUAAUCGUCCUGGGCUCAUGCAACAGCAGGAUAUAAAGGGUCAACAGCAAGGUAUGCUGGGUAACAGAAAUGGCAGCAACCAGUCGCAGUCCAGCAAGGUUAAUGGUAGCCACGAGAUCAACGACGAUGACAGUUCGUCAAAUAAUCACAGCGGUUCUUACCAUGGUCGCCUGCCGCUCCAUAGCACGCUGCUGGACGAGAUCUUUCAGGGUUGUGAGAAGCGAGCGGUGCCGCCGGGACGCCCGUUUGAAAUGGGCACUCAAAGCCAGUGCUCAAGUCCGGUGAUGAGCAGCUUCCACCAGCGCACAACCUCGCUCGGUCACGGCGAAGUAAUAAACGGUCACCCUCGAUGGGAUGACGCCGGGCAUUAUUUCAGUAAGCGUCCCGGGGCUGUCCCUGUCGAGGCGACCGCUGUCCCGCCGCCCAACCACUACGGCAGCUACUCACCCAUUAAAGUCCUCUCCAACCGUAUGCCAGCACAUUUGGCCAAACAGUGCAACAACAACAUGCGUAAUCGCUCCGAUACAGAUCCGUUCAUUCUCAGCCAACUCACAUCCACACCCAUCUCCCAAACAAGCCCGCAUCACACCUGGCUGCAUGCCCAGACCCCUUGUUCAGCCCCACUGGAGCGAAGAAUGAUCAUAACUAAUGGUAAUCAUACCAGGAACCCUCUGGUUCCAGGUCAGACACGCUCCAGUACAGUGCAGCCCUUGUUUGGCCACCGUGGCAGACCUGCAGCUCAGGACAAGCAUAACAAUCUAAACCAGCCGGUUCAAAUGAUAGACGGGUCCACGAGUAGCGGCAGCGACACCAGUGACUCGGAGUCCGACACCGGCAGCAGCGCGUAUGCCCACCCGCUAAUGUUCGGCAAUCCUGCCGCUGUCAGCUCCAUGAAUUCGGUCAACUCCAACGGCGGGAACUCGUCUCCACUUCCCCGCUGUAAAUUCUCUUUCGGGAGUCUCCGGCUGGAGGACGCCAAUGAUGGAGAGGUGGAGCAAGGAAGUCCUGCUUCAAUUCCUGCCUCCCCACUGAAAAGUCACCACCCGGGGCUGAACGCUCACGGCAUUCUGAACGGAGAGGUUGUCGGUGUCUGCUUGGUGGCCCCAAGUCAGCUGUCACCUCUCACAAGCCCUCUUCUCGCUGACGCUGGAUACGUGCGAAAUGAUGAUGAAGAUGAGGCCAGGAGGAAGAAGUUUCCCACAGACAAGGCCUACUUCAUCGCAAAGGAACUGUUGACCACUGAGAGGACAUACCUCAAAGAACUGCAGGUCAUCACUGAGUGUUUCCACAGUAUUGCAGAGAAAGAUGAAGAAGCAUUUCCAGUCACUGUUAGGAACCUGAUAUCAGCAAACUAUGAUCCCAUCCACAAGUUUCACAAGGGCUUCCUGAAGGAGGUGGAGACGAGACUGGCACAAUGGGAGGGUCGAUCCAAUGCACACAUUAAGGGAGACUAUCAACGAAUCGGUGAUGUUCUGUUGAAGAACAUUCAGAGUCUGAGGCAGCUGACGACUCAUCUGCAGAAGCAUUUGGAGUGUCUGGUGGAGCUGGAACGAGCUUGUCGGUCCAGUCGCAAGGCGGAGGCUCUGUGUGGAGAACUGGAGCAGCAAAGGGUGUGCUACCUCCCCUUCAACAUUUUCCUCCUACGGCCGCUCCACCGCCUGCUGCACUACAAACUGAUCCUGGAGAGGCUCUGCAAGCACUACCCGCCCACCCAUGACGACUUCAGGGACUCCAGAGCGGCCCUGGCGGACAUCACAGAGAUGGUGCUGCAGCUGCAAGGCGCCAUGAUGAAGAUGGAGAACUUUCAGAAGCUUCUUGAGCUGAAGAAAGAUCUGACUGGCAUCGACAAUCUGGCCAUCCCCGGCAGGGAGUUCAUCAGACUUGGAUGCCUCAGCAAACUCUCGGGCAAAGGCCUCCAGCAGAGAAUGUUCUUCCUGUUUAGCGAUUCCUUGGUGUACACUAGUCGGGGGAUGACCCCAUCCAACCAGUUCAAAGUCCAUGGCCAGCUACCCCUCUUUGGCAUGACGGUAUUCCACUGUGUUGCUGAAAAUACCGUCGAAAUGGACUUUUAUUUGACAAUAAAGGCUUUUGUUUUAAUUUUUGGCAACAUUCUGGUAUUGGAUUUCUCACACGUGUAUGUCCAGAUUACCGAAAGUGAAGAGGAGUGGGGAGUCCCUCAUUCUUUCACCCUGUUUGGACAACGACAGUCAGUGGUGGUGGCGGCCAGUUGUGCAGCCGAGAUGGAGCGGUGGGUAGAAGACAUCAGGAUGGCCAUUGACCUCGCCGAGCAGAGCAACGGCCUUCACAUGGAUCUGCUCUCCACCAGCCCCUCCGAUAAGAAGCUGCUGGACGAAGGUGGAGCCGAGCACGAGUCCGAGGAGGAGCUUUGUGGCUCGCGCUCGUCUCUGGAGCGCCAAGCUCAGCGUGGUAACACCACAGUGCACGUGUGCUGGCAUCGCAACACAAGCGUUUCCAUGGUGGACUUCAGUAUUGCUGUGGAGAAUCAGCUCUCAGGGAACUUGCUGAGAAAGUUCAAGAACAGUAAUGGCUGGCAGAAACUCUGGGUGGUCUUCACCAACUUCAGCCUCUUUUUCUACAAAUCACACCAGGACGACUACCCUCUGGCCAGCCUUCCUUUGCUAGGCUACUCCGUCACCAUCCCAUCCGAGUCGGAGAACAUCCACAAGGACUAUGUCUUCAAACUUCACUUCAAGUCCCACGUCUACUACUUCAGAUCGGAGAGCGAGUACACGUUUGAACGGUGGAUGGAGGUGAUCCGCAGUGCCACCUGCUCCGUCAGCCGAUCCCUGCCAAGCGCCAGGAAAGACCUUUAUUGAUGAGAAACUUCCCUGGGUAAAGAUCUGGACUCUAUGCUGCAUUCAAGCCAUAAAGACUUAAAAUACACACCAAAUCAUGCCACUUUGCACUAAUAAAUAUCUGCAAUUAAUUCUCUUCACUUCCACUUUCCAGACACACACAUACCACUUGGGAAUUUCUUCACCGCCACCAUUCACUUUAUUCACAGCUUUCUUGUAUCCAUGAAAUUUUACAGUUUCUCUCUUUCUGGCAAUGGUUUUGUUCACCCGCGCAGACUCCCAUCACAAACCCAACUGAACCAUUUGACAUUUACCACAAGUGUUUGCUGUCCGAAAUCAUUUUAUGCACACAUUAAAGAUUAAAAUGUACAAAAUGUGGGUGCAUGAGGAUUUUUCACCAGGAAUGGUUUUAUUUUGUGACAAUCUAAUAUACAAUAAUGCAGUGCCAUUUUCAAAUGCAACACAUCUUGCUCCCUAGUUUUGCAGCAACCUUUUGUACAGUACUUCGAAACACUGUGAAAUGAUCUGCUUUGCUUGAGUCUUCAUUUAUUUUCCACAUUUUUGUCUCUCAUUUAUAUGGAUAACCUUCCAAAGGAUUUUUCUUCUACAAACCCGACAUUUUUCUAUUCUUAAUAAAGAUGACAACAAUCUGUUUGUAUUCAA